AUGAAACUCGAGCUGGAGGCGCUCAACGGCAUCGCGAGCCAUGCGCUUUUCCACCCCGUCGACAUGCUUCUGAGCGUGGGACCCACGCUCAGCGAGACCACCUGCGGCCUGCUGGGCUCGUCAUUCGACCCCGAACGAGACGUCCCCGAUCUCUCAGGGAAGGUGAUCUUUGUCACUGGAGGAAACGCCGGUCUCGGAAAAGAAACCAUCCUCCAGCUCGCGCGUCAUAGCCCAUCGCGAAUCUACCUCGGCGCGCGAAAUGCGACAAAAGCUCAGGACGCCAUCGCCUCCAUUGAGGCGGUCAUCCCGACCCCCGUCGAUAUCCGCCACAUCCCCCUGGACCUGACCUCCUUCCAGUCCAUCCGGGCCGCGGCCGAGAAGUUCCAUGCCGACUGCGAUCGCCUCGACAUCCUCAUCCUCAACGCCGGCACCAUGGCCAACCCGCCCGAGCUUACAGCGGACGGCUUCGAGAUCCAGUUCGGCACCAAUCACAUCGGACACUUCCUCCUCACGAAACUGCUGCUGCCCACGCUGCAGAAGACGGCGGCGGCGCCCACGACUCCUCGCCCCGACGUGCGGGUCAUCACCGUGAGCUCCAUGGCCAACCACAGCGGCCCGUCGUUCGAAGUCAUGACCUCCACGCCGGCGUUGCUCGAAGCCCACACGUUCAUACGGUACAGCGCGUCCAAGGCGGCGAACGUGCUGUUUGCGGCGGAGCUAGCCCGUCGCUAUCCCGAGAUCAUGUCGGUGUCGAUUCACCCGGGCGCGGUGACCAGUGAGCUGUAUCGGCAUCAGCGCUCGAUGGGUCUGGCCGCCAAGGUGAGCAUUGGGCUCAUGUCGGCGUUCUUCCGCAGUGUGCGCACCGGCGCGAAGAAUCAGAUCUGGGCGGCAACUGUGUCGCGGGACCGAUUGAUGAAUGGAGCCUACUAUAUUCCCAUUGGGACUCGCGGGUCGAGUCGGUUUGAGCGUGAUGCGGAUUUGGCGCGACGGUUGUGGGAGUGGACGGACGAGAAGGUGGCUUGA